GUUCUUCGCCUUUAACCACAAAGCGUCAAAUUGGGGACUAUACGCCAAACGUUGUGUUUUAAUUCCUGUAUAUAACUUCCUCUUGUCAACCGCCCUUAGCUAUUCUUUUUUUUUUUUUGCUUCUAUCCUCAUCCCAUCCUUUCCUUUCCCUUUCUCUUCUCUCGCCAUUGACUUAUACCACAAUGGCUCCUUCCGCAACUGACAACACCGCUGCCCAGCAGCCUGCCGAGUAUGACGCGGCGCGUCCCUUCGUCGGCAAGGUCGCUCUGAUCACCGGCUCCGGCCGCGGUAUCGGACGCGGCAUCGCCGUCGAGCUCGGCAAGCGCGGCGCAAACGUCGUCGUCAACUACGCCUCCUCCGCCGGCGCCGCUGAGGAGGUCGUCGCCGAGAUCCAAAAGUACGGGUCAAAGGCCAUCGCCCUCAAGGCCGACAUCAGCAAGCCCGCCCAGGUCGUCGACCUCUUUGACCGCGCCGUCGCCCACUUUGGCAAGAUGGACUUUGUCAUCUCCAACUCUGGCAAGGAGGUCUGGUGCCCCGAGGAGGAGGUCACCGAGGAGCUCUUCCAAAACAUCUUUGACCUCAACACCCGCGGCCAGUUCUUCGUCGCCCAGCAGGGCCUGAAGCACUGCGGACGCGGAGGUCGCAUUCUCCUCACUUCCUCCAUCGCUGCCCAGAUGGGCGGUAUCCCCAACCACGCCCUGUACGCCGGCUCCAAGGCCGCCGUCGAGGGCUUCACCCGCGCCUUCGCCGUCGACUGCGGUGCCAAGGGCAUCACUGUCAACGCCAUCGCCCCCGGCGGUGUCAAGACCGACAUGUACGACGAGAACUCGUGGCACUACGUCCCCAAUGGCUACAAGGGCAUGCCCAUCGAGAUCAUCGACCAGGGCCUGGCCAACAUGAACCCCCUCAAGCGCGUCGGUGUUCCUGAGGAUGUCGGCAAGGUCGUCGCUUCCCUCUGCCACUCUGACUGCGAGUGGAUCAACGGUCAAAUCAUCAAGGUUACCGGUGGCGGCACAUAAGUGCAACAACCUGCGCUUCACAGGCAUCUCCAUCCGUGCGGGGUUGCCUUAGUGAUAUCUUAAUGCAUUGGAUCGAUGGGCGAGCCGGACGUCUGCGAUCCAUGGGACUGGGACUUCGGUCGGUUAAUACGGGGGCUAGGAGUAGGGGAUUUUACAUAGUACCUAGGACAGGCGUACGUAGACAUGAUAAUACAAUGCGGAGCUUGACUAGA